GCUGCAUUUUAAGAUAAUAGAAGUUACAUUUAUUGGUUUGGUUCUGUAUUUUAAUGCAUCUUUACUGUACUUUUAGGGGGCCCAUGCAUAUGUAUAUAUACUUUACUAUAUAUGCAAUUAAGACUUUUAAUAAUGAACACAAAUACUUGGACACAGUUGAAGACCAAAUCUGAAUGGCUACAGCUAAAAAUCUUUACAUUUUACAACUAAAGUACAAAAAACCCUGAAGUAAGUAAGAUCUAAAGUAGACAGCUUCUUCACAUGAAUGUUUAUUGAUGAUAAUUCCCUCUUGUAAUGACCGUCACACUGUUGAACUGAGUGAGAAACCACCCCUCCACACAGAUGUGGGAAACUCAGUUGGGGUGUUGGGUUUGGGUGGGGAUCUGGGUGGUGAGGAAGGGGGGUUGCUGAGCCCUGCUUUGGCCAAUGGGGCACGGUCAUUAGGGCUGACCAGUGUGGGCCCCGACAUAUAAGAAGGGCCGUAUGGCACCAGAGAAACCACAUCACUCAGAGGUCGCCCCCUCACAGAUCUCCUACAACCACACAAAUCCAACCAAUCAUGGACGUAUUCUCGACAUCCCAGAUCUACUACGAUAGCACUUGUGCCUCGUCGCCUGAAGCUUUGGAGUUCGGCCCUGGAGGAGAACUGGCCGGGUCUGAAGAGGACGAGCACGUCAGGGCCCCCGGGGCCCCGCACCAGCCAGGUCACUGUCUGCAAUGGGCCUGCAAAGCUUGCAAGCGCAAAUCCAGCACUGUGGACCGCCGGAGAGCCGCCACCAUGAGGGAGCGCCGCCGGCUGAAGAAAGUGAACCAUGCGUUUGAGGCACUACGGCGCUGCACCUCGGCGAACCCCAGUCAGCGUCUUCCCAAGGUGGAGAUCCUGAGGAACGCCAUCCAGUACAUCGAAAGCCUUCAGGAGCUUCUCAGGGAACAAGUGGAGAACUACUACAGCCUGCCAAUGGAGAGCAGCUCUGAGCCGGCCAGCCCUUCUUCAAGCUGUUCUGAAAGCAUGGUUGACUGCAAUAGUCCUGUGUGGCCUCAAAUGAAUCCAAACUUUGGGAACAACUACAACUUUGAAGCACAAAAUGCUAGCGUGGUGGGCAGAACCCCAGGAGCGUCCAGUUUGCAGUGUCUGUCCAGCAUCGUGGACAGGCUGUCUUCUGUCGAUACAGGAGUUGCGAUGGGAACGAGGAACAUGGUUGCUCUCUCUCCAACUGGAAGUGAUUCCCAGUGCAGUUCUGCAGACAGUCCCAGCAACAGACCAGUCUACCACGUCCUGUGAGAGGGAGCGAGACACUCCAGCCUGGAUAUCUGCUUCCAGUCUAAAUGACUGCUAUUCACAUUGCAUGUUCAUUUAUGAAGUAUUUUGGAUGAUUUGAUAAUGCUUUCAGAUACCAAUAAGAAUGUAGUGAUCAAAAACCUCUAUAUAGCACAAUGACAAAGAUUUGCCCUCAACCUCUUACGGCUAGAAGUAGAAAACAAAUCUUUAGUUCCGUCUAGGCUUGGUUAUAAUAUCAGGUCAUGCUUUAAAAAAGGCCGUACUAUCCAUUAUGUACACAGUGGAUAUUUUUACCAUUUUGACUGACUGUACAGCUGACUACAUUGAAAUCGAUUUUAUUUAUCAAUAAUAAUCGUUGAGGUACUUAGUAAAUGCUGUUUUGUAAUAUUAGCCAACUUAGUGUUAUCCGCAACCUACCAUUCUCUGUUGUAAAUAAGAUUGUACAUAAUUUAAAUGACUGUUAUUCUAUUCGUGUAUUGUUGUAUCUGUCAUAUUUAAUGAACAUUCUUGCAUAAAAUGACUUUUUCAUCAA